UUCGAUUGUUUACUCUAAUUUGUUCUCUUAUUUGGGGUUUAACAGCUAAGGGCGCGAUUGGCAGCUUCUCUAAACCCCCCGCCGAGUAGAGAAGCUGAAGAGAAUGAAGUUUGUGGUGAAGGCAUGGAGCAAUGGCAAAGCCCGAGCUGGUGUUCUUCAGCUGGGAAGCUGCCCUCACCCAAUAGAGACACCUGCUCUCCUCCUUACAACUCGCAAAGGCUUGCCUGUUUUCAUUCCUCCUGACCACUUCCCUUCCCUCCCUUCCCCUGAUUCUCUCCUUUUCCAUGUCAGCCCCCUUCACUUCUUGGAAGGCAUUUCCCUGAAAGCAAUCUCAAACAUUGGAGGAUUGCACCCGUUGCUUGGUUUACGUGAUCAUAUUCUUGUAGCUGUACCAAGGGAUUCUAUUAUAUCUAUCCCAGACCAUGACAGUACUAACAGGAUUGGAGCUUCUUUUGAAACUCCUUCUGGUCGUAUGUUGAUUAAGCCUGCAGAAUACAUGGAAAUGAUUUCUUCUAUGAGGCCAAAUUUAUGGACCACUUUAGCUGAUGAAGUUCCUGCUUGGGCUUCUGAAAAAAGGAACAAAGCCUCAGUUGAACGCACUCUAAGAUGGCUUGACGAAUGCAUCAUUUCAAACUCGAAGGAUGGAGCAGUGUUUGGAUCCAUUGUUGGAGGCUCUAGGGUUGAAGUGCGCCAAAGUUGUGCCCAAGAAGUUUCUAGGAGGAAUGUAGAAGGAUUUUGGAUUGGUGGAUUUGGACUAGGGGAGAGCAUGGAAGAGCGCAACCCCCUCCUUAGUGCUGUUAUGGAUAGUUUACCUCAAGAAAAACCACGUCUUAUAAGUGGCCUCGGACUACCAGAAGAGGUCUUGCAAGGUGUUGCUGCAGGUAUUGACCUAUUUGACUCCACCUACAUCUACCAUCUUACACUGGGAGGCUUUGCUCUCACCUUUCCGCUUGAAAGAAUAGUAACACAAAUUACAAAAUACCAACCAAAUAGUGAUUCAGGAAGUGAUGGCACAAAGAUAAAUUUGAAAGCAACCAUGUAUAGGAAGGAUACAUCACCUAUCGUCGAUAAUUGCAAGUGUUAUACUUGCCAAAAUCAUACAAAAGCAUACAUCAAUCACCUCUUCAAUGUCCAUGAGAUGCUUGCUCAUAUUCUUUUGGAAAUACAUAACACGCAUCAUUAUCUGGGGUUCUUUUGCUCUAUCAGAGAGGCAAUUCAAGAAGGAAAAUUCGAGCAAUUCCGGCAGAAGUUCGUAGGAAGUAGGCGUGAACAUCUCUUUUCUGCUGCUUUGAGCAUCUAACUUGAAAAUUACUGGUUGUUGAUUGACAUCUUAUCAUGUCCUAAACUAUUUGUGGAGAUUUUGAAAAAGAAAUAGAUUUUUUUUGGACAAGUCUUGUGGAGAUCUUUUGAGAAAAGAGUUCACAGUAGAAACUUUUGGUCCAAACGAAUAGAUUGGAUAAUUGUAGGCAAAGAAAGAGCCGAUAAGAUAUUAGUUGAAGGAGAUGACAGAAGUCAGGAGGUCAUUGUCAACCAUUCUGCUAUAGCAAUCAAUUAUAUAUGUAAGACGCACUUAUUCAACUUUAAGCUACAAAAUUAUAUUUA